AUAAGAGCAGGCCAGAUACAAAUGACUGGGUGAAACCGCGGGUCGCACUUUUAUUUAACAGACUGCGUAGGCUUUCUAGUAGUUCCAGACACAAAAAAUUUAGUUAUUGAUCUUAUGACAUGGGUUGUUCACUUCGCCCAAGCUAGCUACUAGGGCAUUGCAACAUCAUGUGCAUGGAUAAUAAAUUGGACUCAGGUAGGCUAUAGUCUUGGAAUUACUCGCAUGUACCAUAUUAAACUAAAUUAAAAACUCGUUUUGCAGGCCACACAACUUUACCUUGGGGGCCGCAUUCUGAUUGUUUGAUUUUCUGUGCAUACCAAAUGCUCCCAAUUUGUGCAUUUUUUUUUAAUUGAAUGUGCUUAUCUGGAUAAUAUUUAAACCUAAUAUUUAUAUUUUUGAGAAAAAUAUAUAAAUUGCUUGAGUACCUAUCAUAGUUAUUAACAAAAGUUUUAAUGACUACUGGAACACCACGACAGGCAUUUUUGAAGUCUCAAACAGAAGGUGGAAAAGCAUGGAUGAGUUUUGAAGAAAGUCCGAUUCAUUCUGCACCACCUAAAGAAAUUCCUCAUUCUGUCGUUAGGCAGGAUGAAGGAUGGACUUCAUUUUCCGAGUCAGCUGUAAUAUCUGUCAAUCAAGCUGGCCCUCUUAUUGCUUCUCCUGCACCUGCCAGUUAUACUACUCAGUCACGGCCAGAUGUAAUCCCAUCAUUGCAUCAAGGAAUCCAGCCUUCAACAAGGUUGAAUGAUGAGCCUGUUUCUAGUCGAACUGGAAUUGGAUUAGAUCUUACCCACAAUGCAAGUCAAGCUCAUCCAGCAGCCAGUCACAGAAUUUCGCACCCCGGUACACAACCUCUUUUAAUUACGCAUGGGCCUGGUAGUACAAUUAGUCAUAUUCUGAGAAAUCAAUCUUCUGACAACGAUAAUGACUCUUCGUUUUUAACGGACAGCCAUGAUAAAAUGGCUAACUUAGCUGGCAAUGACGAAGUUGUAGACUCUCACAAUAAAAUAAAUUCUUCACAGCAAAAACAUAUUGAAAGCCACCAGUCCUUGCAAAAACGCCCUUCUGGUGAUGCAUACUAUGCUACUGACAGCAGAAGAACUGAAAAUGUUACGCAUGAUCCUUGGUAUGUCACAGAAGAACAAGGAUUUUAUUACAGAAAUCAAUUUGAAUCGAUGCAACCUCAACUUCAUGGUAAAAUAGAUGGUCAAACUGCCCGUAAUUUCUUCACAAAAUCAAGACUUCCAAUCCCAGAACUUUCUCAUAUCUGGGAAUUGUGUGACAUGGACCAAGAUGGUCAUUUAACACUUCUUGAGUUUUGCGCAGCUUUCCAUCUUGUAGUUGCGCGCAAAAAUGGAUAUGAACUGCCAGCUAUCUUGCCUAAGACCUUGUUACCCCCUUUAAUGAAAAUGUGUGGCAUUGGAGAAGUAAAUCAAUCUUUUAGUAACAUGAAUGUAAUCUCAACAGAUACACCUGAUGCUAAAAGAACGUCCGAAAUAAAACCUACUGAAAGGCCAUUGUAUGAAUCGGUUGAUGGUGAAAAGUUACAACCAACUCAAGCGCCUAUGAAACCUGUGAAAAAUCUUGCGGAAAAGCCGGGAAUUCAGCCCCAAAUAACUCAUGUAAAACAAGCAGAUAGCAAAACUCACUGGAAUCUUGAAAAAUGGGAAACAUUCAGUGACCGAACUUCAAGUUCAACGAAUCUUGCAAAUUUUGACCAAUCAUUAGAUCAUGCUGAUAACUCGGGUAUAGUUCACCCAGUAGCACUUAGAGUCACCCCUUCAAAACACGAAAUGCACACUGCAAAAAUGAGCUCAAAAGUCUCAUCUAAAAGUACUGAUGAUGAAGAUCAUCUUGCACAAGGUCUGGUAGUUCCACCCUCGCACAAAUCAUUAACAAAUCCUUAUGGUUCAUUGAAGAAUGAUACAUCAGAACCUGAUAGUCAUGCCAGUCCCAGAAGGCGUUCGUCUUCUAAUUCAUCACAUUCAUCAACAGGGACCAGUGAUAGGUCACUCACCGAAACUGAUAAAAAACCAACACGCAACCCAUCAUCUGAUCAAGAAUACCAAAGUGAUUGGUCAUCUCGGCCUCUUCAACCUAGAUCUGGCUCAGAUUCUUCAAUGGAAAGUUCAUCGAUGGAAACAAGUGUAAUAUUGCGAGAUAAUAUUAACAUUGCUCCAACUCCGCCACCAAGACCAACACAACUAGCACGAGAAGCAGCACAUACUAAAGUUUUAUCAGAUUCCACAAAAACUCAAGUUCCUGGUCCAACUCCACCUCCGAGACCUCACACUCAACAGCAACCAAUUGUUACAGAAUCUGCAGCCUCUCAGUCGGAAGAAUUUGCUGAUUUUAGUCAAUUUGAAAAUAGUCGACAAGUUGAGGAAUCAGUUUCACCUAAUCGUCAUUCCCCAGCAUCUGCAACUGCUCAUUCUAAUAAGCAAGAAGGUAAAGAUACUGAGACUCCGAACACAAAGCCCACCCCUGCACCAAGGCACAGUCAGGUUGAAAAACAAAGCAGGGCAAAAGAUGAAAAAUCUCCGGAAAAGGCAACAAAUAAAAAAGGAUAUUCCGCACCCACAAAACCACCAAGAACUCGUAUACAAAGCGCAGACUUAUCAAUCGCCCCUGAUCGUCACACAAAACUCAUGAAAUCUAACAGUGUGGCGACAGGAUCCAGUGACAUACCUAUUAUAAUAGAAAAACCACACCAAGAAGCUGAGAGAUCUAAGAAUGCACUUCAGCAAUCAAUCAGAGACCUGAAACUUCAUAAUAGUAAGCUGACAAAACUUAACGCAGACUUACAACAGGAACUUAAGGAUGUUAUGCAGUCACGUAUCACCGUUGAAAUGUCCAUACACCAACUCAGACCAUUUUCACAGUAAAGAUUUAUUUAUGACAGAUAACUAUUCACAUGCAUAUUGGUACAGUUUUUGAGAGAUGGAGCUGUCCACUUUAAUCUGACGAGUAGCAUAGGCGUAUCUGUUUACCAUGCCAAUGUGUUAGAGCCUAGAGGUGUCUGAUAUUUGGUAUAAUUUGGUACUAUUUCAUAAAGUUAUUAUUUGAAAACUAUUCACGUCGGAUGCUAAGAUUGCUUAUUAAAUUGGGAUGUUUGGAAAUAAUUUUUUUUACAAAAAAAGCAUGCAAUGUUGUACUAUUCAUAUUUAGGUAUUCUUGGAGGAAAAAGGGUGUUUGUGAAAGAAACCCUUUUUCAUAUUUGCUUCCUUGUGAAAAUUACCUUAAACUCGUGUCUGAUUGAAUUCAUGACUAUUCUACAUUGUCCGUAAAUGGUGAAUACACACAUUACUAGGCGGAUUUAUCAGAAAAAUUCAAAUCGAGCUUGAUUGAUAUUGAACUAAAGAUAUAUUUGUUAAUAAUUUUGAUGAAAAUGCUUAUUGAUAUAAUUCAUAUGCUGUUUUGAUUUAAUUUUCCUACACCCAACUAAUUUGUAAUUAUUUAAUCCAAAGAGGAUUCAUUCUAGUUCUAAAAUAAAAGUUCAAUAAAAAACAUUAUAGGCUUAUUUAUACUUGUUGUAAAGUUCUUCAUUAAUUACUGUCCUGAAGAAAUUAUAUUAAUAAGCAUCAGUGCUUAUGUUUGAAAUAUCUAUCGCAGUAUAGACAAACAUUAUGAUAUCUAUGAAGCAGUGAACUACAGUUCCCUAAUAACUUAUGACUGGAUAUUAUUCUGUUCUGUGACAUUUAAUUUGGUUGUCUUAUGUUAGUGAAACUACGGUACUUUACUUUUAUGUCUAUGUUUGGUAUAUUUGUCAGAAAUGCAAUACCGGUACCCAUUUACCCCAGCCUGAUUUCCAACGGCAACAAUCGUAGCGUUCAAAAUUAAUGUAAAUUAUACAACGAAAUUUUCAACAUAAGUCAUACUGCAUCUAUUUACCAUUAUGGAAAUACUUGAAUUCCGCUAUAAGUUUACUAAUAUUGAUGGUUUUUUGAAGAUAUAAACUAUGAAUGAAUCUGUAUUUUCAUAUAUGUAUAUAGUUGCAAAUGCAGUUUACAUUAAAUAAUGCUUGGGUAUGUUCUUACUUUUUCUCUUAGUCUGCUGUUGUACUUUUAUGCUGCUGAGCUGGAUUCUAAUUCCAGGUACCAUUACAUUUGAACCCACGACGAUUGCACCGGCAUACUAUUGCACCUAUGGAAAUUUUUGUUGUUUUACGGAUAUUUGAACUCAUACUAACCCUAACCCAUGGGUUUAGCACCCGCAUAUAGAUUGAACCCGCGAAUAUACACAUGGGUUCAAAUGUACGUGGGUUCAAAUGUACGGUCACCCUAAUUCCAUAUUACUUGGUGUCAACCCAACCCAUCAGUUUCAAAAUAUAUGGUACUGGUAGGUUUGCCUUGUCAAUAUUUGUGUCCACAAGUCAACAUCCUUUCAAUUUCUUCCUCGUAAAUUCAAUCUUGUCAUGAAUGUUGUUGGUAUAUUCAUUUCCACCUAUUUUUCAAAGUUAAGUUUAUAAUAAGUUCUAAACAAUAUAUUUCACUUUUGUGUUGAUUACUUUCUUACUGACAUUGUUUAUUACCUUCCUUUAGAAAAACAUUGUUGACAAACACUACUAUGUUUGAUGAUGGUGUGUUCAUCAGUAAUUCAUAUUUGGAAAUGUAUAGUUAAGACAAAUAUUUUUAUUAACAUUUUCUACCAGUUCGUUCGUUCAAUUUAAUUUGAGUUACCCUUGUUCCCCAUAACCUGGAAAUACACCAAUCAUCAUCACAUUUUCUGGAUUCGCAUGUUAAAUUUUUUGUCCAUUGUUCAGUUCUAGUUUUGCGAUCCCACUCAAUCGCACCUGUGUUUGGCUGUUAUAUAUUUUCUCUAUAUUAAUGUCGCAAGUUUUAAGUUUUGCUUCUACACGGUAUUUAUAAUACCUUGCUAUUCUAUGUCUUUUUUGUAAUAACUUGUAACAUGCAUGUGAUAUUAGCAUUAUCAGACAAAUAAUUUGACUGACUUUGGUUCAAAUUUUAUUGGCUUAUUGUAUCGCAUAUUGUGUGGCACUGCUCUUAUGUAUGACAGAGAAACAGAUAAUUUCGCAUUACAAUCCUUUUUCUGAGAAGUGUUGACCUACAUACCCGAUUUUGUAGCAAACUGCUUGUGUACUUUUUGAGCAUAGUUAUUUUUUCUUUACCAUUACCCUAUUGUUAAAUGGUGCAUGUGCGUCUUUUCAAUGUGCCAAUUACAACUAUUUACAUCAUAUUUUUGGUGACUUUGUGCAUAAUUAUCUACAGUAUAAUAUUAUGUGAACCUAUUUUAUUGUUUUCUAUACAG